CGGUAUUAUAAGCUUGUCUGUAGAGGAUAAAGGUAAAUGAAAAAUACGUAGUAUAAUAUUCUCACAUAACACAUUUCAGAACUGUCUUUGUGUCUUGUAUCGCUGAUAUUAUUGUAGGUUAAUUUUUCAUUUUUGUUUAGUACAUGCUGUUGACCAUUGUAGGCAUCUAAUUUUUUUAAUAUACGUUUCAUAAUUCCUAUUAUUAAAUAUAAAUAUGUCGGCUCAACUAGAACAUGUGAAAUCGGCCGUAAAGGAUUCUCUGUAUGAUGAUUCUAAACCAUGGAGUAAAAUUUUUGCUUGGGCCGAAUUACAAACGGGAUUCAAUCGAUUAUAUAUAUUUAUUGGACUGGUGGUUUUCACUGUAUUCUACUUGGUAAUUGGUUAUGCGACAUUGCUGUUAAGUAAUGUUAUUAGUUUUUUGUACCCAGCAUAUGCAUCAAUUAAAGCAGUUGAAUCUCCUUCUAAAGAUGAUGAUACAAAAUGGUUAACAUACUGGGUUGUAUUUUCAUUUAGUACCAUCAUUGAGUUUCCAGCACAAGUUGUUUUGAAUUGGAUACCAUUUUAUUCAUUAAUUAAGACAAUAUUUUUCGUGUGGUGUUACAUACCAAUCCACAAUAAUGGUUCAGUGGUUGUGUACAACAAAUUUAUUCGACCAUACUUCUUACAACAUCAAGAUGAUAUUGAUCAAGCAGUAAAUAACAUAUCUAAAAAAGCUGCACAAGCUGCUGUCGACAAAUUAGUUGACAAGAAAAACUAAAUAAAGGAUAUGUUGGUUUGUUAAAUUAAUGUGUCAAUUCACUGUGCUACUAUUGUUAAAAGGAAAAUGGAAGGAUUAUUUAAAAUUAUACAUACAUUUCACUGUUCUACACUGCUGGUAUUAUUGUAGUUCUUAAAAAUAUGUUUUAAUAAGUACAUAAUAUAUAUUUUAUUGUUUUAUUUCCUAUACAAUAUAAUAAAGGUGUAUUUUUAAACUGUA